AUGGCGGGCUCCAACGAUUUCAUCCAGGAGGCUAAGCUUGCUCUUGCGGCCUUGCCAGAAGACCACACGCAGCGUGUACUAUGGCUCAACAAUCUUGGAGUCGAGCUAGCUUAUAGCUAUCAGAGGAUGGCGAAUACAGUUGUUCUCGAUGAGGCUAUAGAAGUGGGGCGGCAGACCCUCGCCGCAACCUCUGAUUCUGAUUCAAAGGCAACAUGUCUAAGCAAUCUGGGCUAUCAUUUGAGUGAAAAAUAUCUUCACGGGAGGAUAAUUAGUGACAUAGAAAAGGCUGUCCAACUCGCACAAGAAGCUCUUCAAUUGACCCCCAAAGUCUCUACUGAGAGGCCAGCGCGACUGAACAAUCUCGCACUGGCACUAAGCCAUACGUAUGCCGCAAAUCAAAUCGUAGAAGACCUUGAUCGCAGUAUCGAGGACUUCAGAGAAUGCGUGGACACAAGCACAGAAAAUGACCCAGAUGUGGCGAAAUAUUUGAAUAACCACGGAGCUCAACUGCGUGAUCGGUAUCACUCGGUCGGAGCAAUGGGCGAUCUGGAGGAGUCCAUUCGAACUGGGCGGGAAGCUGUUGCUAAAACUCCCGAAGACCAUGAAGAGCGCCCUGCAAGGUUAGGAGCCAUGGGUGAUCUGCAGGAAGCAAUUCAACUUGCACAAGAAGCCAAGAGCGUUCUUCCAGAUCAUCACCGUGAUCCAGCUGGAUUAUUGGGCCAUCUUGGCGACCUGCUUGCCUCCCGACACGCACGCACAGGGUUUAUGCAUGAUCUUGAAGAAGCCAUACGUAUCAGGCGUGAAUUAGUUCGUCUCUUCCCUAAAGGCUCUCUGGACCUAGCGUGGCAUCAUAAUAGCCUCGGCGAAAGGCUCGGCGAGAGAUACUCAAUAUCAGGGGACAUGGCUGAUCUCGACGAAGCUAUUCAGAAUAUCAGGAUAGCUGCCGACAUGGCUCCACAGGAUCGCCCUGACCUGCCUUUAUGGCUAGAUAAUCUUGAAAAUCAGCUUUACAGCAAAUACUUGAGAUCACAGGACAUAUCCGACCUUGAGCAGUCUAUCCAAGCUGCUCAAGAGGUUAUUGAUACCGUCCCAAAGAAUGACCCGAGCUAUGCAGUCUUCUUGAACAACUUGGCUAGCGGACUCAGAGAGAAAUUUGACUGGUCGGGAGAUGUUACAGAUCUUGACAACUUAAUCCGAACCAUACUGUAUGGUCCAUACAGGAAGCUAUCGAGUUGACACCAUCAGAUCACCCAGACCGCGCUUCGAGCUUGAACUUCCUUGCGAUAGCUUUAAGCAAUAUAUACACAUUAACCGAAAACAUGGACUAUAUCGAAGAAUCUAUGAGGAUUUCCCGAAAAAGUGGUUCAGAUGACCCCAGAAGACCAUCCUAAUCGGACGAUUUUCUUAACUAAUUUAGGCCUCCGGCUGGGAGACAAGUGCAUGACAACAUUGGACGUCGGGGACAUGGCAGAAGCUGCCAUGUGUUGCAGAAAAGGUGUUAAAUCGAAGUAGAU